AUGGCACCAGGAACAGAUGUUCCUGGUGCUGCCUCCAAUUCCGGAGAUGGUGGAGGGGAGAAUACAUCCCUCUACGACGAUCUCCCCCCGGAAAUCCCGAACUUGCAGUGGUAUGACAUGACCAAUAGCCUAUUCUCAAGCGACACGUUCGUCGACCAGGACCAUUUUGCCCAUGUCAUGGCUCACAUGAUAAAGUUUGGUGACAAGACGUAUCCACAGACUUGGAACCAGACUCUCGAAAUUCUUUAUAAAAAUAAAAACGAGGCUCUGGUCAAGUCCUUCAUGACUAGAGCCCCUGUUAAACCUGCUGCUCAGAAAAAUGACAACCAAACUGCUAAAUCUAAUGAAACAUCCGAAACCGCUAUUUCUCAGGAAACCGACUCAGAAUUUGUUAUGCCGAAGUAUAACACAAGAUCUACCACCAAAAAAAACUUCCCUCCUCUUCCUAAAUCUAAAAAUACAUCAAAUUCAAAUUCCGAAAAUGCUACUACCUCUUCUUCUUCUUCUUCAAAUACGUCAAAACCUGCUACCACAAAUAAAGCCAAUACAUCAAACCAACAGGCAAAAAAAACCUAUCACUACAAAAUCCUAAAUAUCCCGAACAAUAUCGAUACUCAAAGGAAACUCUGUGCCAUAAUCAAUACAAAUGAGCUACUUCGAGGAAACAUUAUCCUCCUUACAUUCAUUCCAAACCAACAUAUGGCCUAUCUCGAGACUGGAAAAAAUUUUUCAGUCGAAGAGAUGAGCCUCAAACUACAAAAUAAAACGGGAGACAAUUCAAUAAAAAUCAUCUCCAAAUUUUCCAAUAACUCUUCUAGCCCAAAAAAUUCCAACCCUAGCUCAACCUCUAAGACUCAUCAGUAUCAGCUGGUCGCGACUAACAUCGAUGUCGAAAUGACCGAAGCUGAGAUGAAGGAGGCCUUAGAGGAACAAGACAUCCAGAUUCAUUCUGCAGUCCGAAUUAUUGCCCGUAAAGACCAACGAGUCACAAAACUCAUGCGCAUAAACUUUACAACCGAAGGGCAAUAUAACUUCGCUCUUGCGCAUGGCAUUAAAAUUGACGCUCAAAUCAAACGAUGCGAAGCCCCACAUUCUUACAGCCUGUCCAAUCCAAUCACAAAAUACUGCAGCCGAUGCUGCCUGUCGGGUCACGAUAUCGCAGAAUGUCGUGACAGACAAUCAAUCUGCCCCAGCUGUGGUAGCAAGGACCACAAAUUCACCAACUGCCCCACAAAGGACGUUCCAAAAUGUCCUAACUGUGAGGGACAACAUGCUGCCUGGUCACCUAAGUGUCCAAAAAGACAAACACCUCCUACCAGCCAUCAGGACGCUAAGCCUGUGUAUCCUGAAAAGAGGGUACCACCAAAGAUACUUACCGAAGAAGCAAAAACCUUCAUAACUUUUAGCACCAUGCUAAUGGCUAACGUUCUCCCUGAUCGCAGAAACCACAUCUGCAAAACCGCAUCCGAAUUGUCAACUUUGGCAUACGGUCACUCUAUCUCGUACUCUGAUAGAGAUAACAGAGUACACCUAACAUUCGUCCCCCAAUUCUAG